AUGAAGCCCGACUUUCGACCUACGAUUUCAGCGGUAAUCCUGCUAACACUCGGAGCAGGAUUAGUUUUCGGUCAAAAUAGCAUUUUCAGUGGAAGUCAGCAGGAAGUGAACAUUAAGUCAUUUCUGUCAGAAAUUUGUGAUAACAAUUCGACGCUAAUGAAUGUCAUGGUAAAAUCUCUCGCUUCGGAAUACAUGGAUCGCAAUUUACAACAUCUUUGUACGGAGGCAACUCAUGGUCUCUUGAUUUGGAUUACUGCGGAAAAUUUAGUCAACAUACCAGACCUGAACAGUAAAUGGAGCUACAUCGGCCGAGCAGCCGCUCCAGAGGAUUUCUCCGGCUAUUGUGCAUAUCAUCCGUCCAAUGGAACUUGCAGCAGCGAACACGGAAAGUUGAACACAUCUGUGGUGAUUCUUGGCGAAAAGUACCCUGAGAGGUAUGAGCUUCGUGACACUGUCUACAAAAAAUGGACCAAUUCAACCCUGUUAGGAUCGCCAAUUCUUGCCUACGCUACUCUCAAAAAUCGAGAUACAGCAUAUAAAUAUGUUGAUCAGGAUAUUUCAUACCUAGCGGACACCCGCAUUGAGCAAAGGCUUCCAGCAACAGUCAUUCCAGGUUUACCGCUGUCUGUUUACCGAGGAAAAGUUGUAGCUUACCAAGCCGUAAUCGGUGAGACAUACUACAAUCGAGUAUUCAAGACCAUCAACGCUGUCCGCUAUAUGAGUCCCUACACCCUGGUAAACGUUACCGUCGAAGGCACAGAAGAACAAAACUACCGGGAAUUCCGCGCCAAGCUGGUCAUUGUCUAUUCUGAUGAAGAAGGACUCAGCUGGUCUCGAGCAUUGACAUCCGUCGAAGGCGCAACUGUGGAAACUUCGCUUACCGAUACUCGGGUCGUAUACGGACCGGUGGUGAAUUUCAAGGAACAAUCUCAGCAGGUCAGCGGAGUAGGGCCUAGUUCAGAAGCUCCACACACCGACCACCGAUAUCCAGGACAGCCGAUUAUAGCAAAGUCGGAAAACAUUCACAUCCACAUUAACGAGAUGGAGCUUGGUCAAGUUUAUCCAGGUUUUCGUCCGUACGCCAUUGGUGCGGGCAUUAUCCUGUUCUCAGUGUUGGGAAUUGCCCUGAUUGAUAUAACCCGCCGCGUUUUCCGAAAUCGUCGAGCAAAGCGGUUAAAUUUGGGCAAGUACAAAUACGCGAAUGCGAGCUAG